UCGUCUUGUCAGAUCCUGAUCAUUACAGUCGUGAUAGAGGCUUGCAGGUGAGUUCCAGUUGCCAACAAAGUCGAAUUGAUACGCGAAACCCAAUUCACUGGUGUCUUGCACGAUGAAAGUCACACCAACACGAAAGGUAUCGACAAUCCUGGCCAUGCUCAAGUUCUUUCAGGAGGUUUCAGCCGAUCAGAAGCCUGUCAAUGGCUCUACUGUGAAGGUCACUAUUGGAAAUACUGAAGCCCACUGUCUUCUUGGCGAUUGUCCUACAAAGAACCUAUCGUGUCGUCAGCUCAUCGAUUGCCUCUUCCUGAGCCCAUUAGAAAGGCAGCUCGACGAUGGAUGGGACAAGAUCAUGCCUCGGUUAGGGGAACGGAACUAUUUUGACUACAUUGUUGGUGCAGAUAAUCGAUUUACUCACGAGGAUCAGGGCCAGUCGAUGUUUGCGAUGCAAUUCACAGCAUGGAGAGUUCCGGGUAAUGGCGCAUAUGGGCGUCAAAUAUGGCCACUGGAUGCCACGGGCAAGACUGUGAUCAACUACGUUGUCGACUGCACGGCCGGCUACACAGGACCAUACGGCAAGCAUUACCAAGCCAGGACUGGCAAGUCUGUGCAUUGCUGUAAUGUCAAGCCUCAAGGGCCGGGCAAAACGUGUCAGGGUUAGCCUGAAGGCCCCGAGGCGAGGUGCUUCAAUUCAUGCACCACACUUGAGUUACGCUGAGCUUUUGAGGAGCUUGAGUCUUAUCCUAGCAAGUACUCUUUCAACUUAUCGCAAUCGUGAUCGUCUUCUAUUACACAUGGUGUCUGAACAAAUGCCAAGCUGACAUUUGAAGAACCCAUAGUUGUGCCGGCAAUGACUGGUGCGUCGCUCCGCUUUUGUCUUUGAGUCACGUCGGCAGCUUGCAAGCAACGACCAAGCUGUUUGCUAGCUAGGACUAC